AUGAGCGGCCUAUAUGUUCAGAGUUUGCAGAUUUCUUCAGUUAAGCUGAAUGCAAACCGUCUUGUUAUUGGCACACUUCGGGGAUUCGACCAGUUCAUGAACCUGGUGAUCAACAACACUGUGGAUGUUAGUGGAAAUUACAACACCCAUAAUGGAAUGGUGUUUAUUAGGGGAAAUCGUGUUGUCAUGAUCGAGGCAUUGGAGCUAAUUUCCAAGUCACAGUGAGUCAUUGUUCUCCAGUUGAUGUAGCGCUAGCAGCGUGAAAAUUGAUGUAAAUGAUAUCUAUGAACCCUCUUGUACUUUAGACAUAACUCUGGAGGUCAAAGCUAUCUCUUCCCGGCUUUCCCUUCUUCCUAUGUGGUGCUUGUAGCUAUGCAAACAUCUACCCAAGUAGGCCUGGCUAAUAGUGCUAGCCCUAGGUUCAACGAUGGCUUCAUUUACUGCCUUCUCAGCGCUAACAUUGACAACAAGUCAUUUCUUCUAUUGUUCUACAUUGUCGUUGCCUUGC